GCUAAGUUUGGGGGUGCCAACUCGAGCUCGAUCGAGUUGGGUGUAAAAACCAGAAAAGUGAAAAGGAGUUAUAGCCAAAAGAGUGAAGACUGCUCCAGACGGCCUAUCGAGAAUCAGCGUCCGAACCGCGCAGCCGGCUGGCCGAGGAACGAUGUUCCGCGCUCGGCCAAAACGUAUCAUCCGCUGUCUCGGCCAAAGUCCACCGGCCGAUCACCACACGACCCGGGAAACAUGUCCCGCGGUCGGCCACCACCACACGCCACCCCGCACGACCGCGCCGCGCGAGCCGGGAAGCAAAGCCUCGCGGCCGCGCAACCCAUGUACCGCGCCGAAUCCGUCCGACCGGGAAGCAUCGUCCCGUCCGGCCGAAGAUUCAUCGGCCAAUUCCAUCCGUCCGACCACACGGCCGACACGAAAAUCCGGCCACGACCGUUCCGACUCGAGCCACACGACCCGACUGUCCGGCCGACCGUCCCGACCGACCGUCCGAACGCCGCGGUCGACCCGAAGCCGUUUUUGAAGCCCAAUCCGCACAAUUCAAGCCCAAAGCCGGCGCCGACUUAG